AUGCUCAAAUGGAACAAAUCUUCAUCUUCCCCAGAGAUCCCAUACAAGAGAACUCCACCAAGAUGGCUCAAGAUCUCUCCUCAGGAUGUUCAAGACAGUAUCUGUAAGUUUGCAAAGAAGGGUCUAACCCCAUCAUUGAUUGGUGUUAUCCUUCGUGAUUCUCAUGGAAUUGCACAAGUGAACACUGUAAUUGGGAGUAAGAUUCUCAGGAUUCUCAAGGCACAUGGGCUUGCUCCUGAAAUCCCAGAGGAUUUUUACCAUUUGAUCAAGAAGGCAGUUGCUAUUAGAAAGCAUUUGGAGAAGAACAGGAAGGACAAGGAUUCCAAAUUCAGGUUGAUUCUUGUUGAGAGCAGAAUUCACAGACUUGCUCGUUACUACAAGAAGACCAAGAAGCUUCCACAUGUCUGGAAAUAG